AUGAUACAUACCUUCGAGCAGCGAGAACCACAGUGGCCACCUGGAACAGCUCAUGGUUAUUAUGCUUUGACUUAUGGUUGGCUAGCAGGUGAACUUGUUCGACGUGUUGAUCCAAAGAAGAGAACAUUUGGGCAAUUCGUGCGUGAUGAAAUUACAUAUCCAUUACAAAUCGAAUUUUAUGUUGGUCUACCAGGAGAACAAGAAUAUCGUGUUUCACCAAUUGAGACUCAAAUAAACAAUACUGAUAUUGUUGAUGGAAUUGAAAUUUCUCAAUCAAGUAAUUUCAAUGAUUAUCGCAUACAUCAAGCAGAAAUACCGGCUAUAAAUGGAAUAACAAAUGCGUGA